CACAAACUUGUUAAGCAUAGCCAAGUAUAGCAAAAAAAAACUUCUUCUAUUCUUCUAUUCUUCUAUUCUUCUUUGUGGAAGCAGAAUCUUGAGAAACAUGGAGGGAAAAAUGAGUUGGACAGUUGCAGAUGCUGUGGACUACAAAGGCUACCCUGCUGAUAGGUCCAAAACUGGUGGUUGGGUUCCUGCUGCUCUUAUUUUAGGGAUUGAAAUUGUUGAGAGGCUCUCAACCAUGGGGAUUGCAGUGAACUUGGUGACAUACAUGAUUGGAGUGAUGCAUCUUCCAAGCUCAACCUCAGCCAAUAUUGUCACUGACUUUAUGGGAACCUCAUUUCUCCUAUGUUUGCUUGGAGGUUUUCUAGCAGAUUCCUUCCUUGGAAGAUACAAGACAAUUGGAAUCUUUGCUGCAAUCCAAACACUGGGUACUGCUUCAUUAGCAAUCUCAACAAAAUUGCCACAGUUACGUCCACCACCAUGCAAUCCAAGAUCAAACAGUAACACUUGCCAACCAGCCAAUGGAUUUCAAAUGGGAAUCUUGUACGUGGCUCUAUAUCUUAUUGCACUUGGAACCGGUGGCCUAAAGUCUAGUGUAUCAGGCUUUGGAAGCGACCAAUUUGAUGAGAAAGAUGAGAAAGAAAAAUCCCAGAUGGCCUAUUUCUUCAACCGGUUCUUCCUCUUCAUAAGUUUUGGAACUCUUGCAGCUGUUACAGUUCUUGUGUACGUUCAAGAUGAAGUGAGCAGAACUUUGGCUUAUGCUGUUUGUUCUGUUUGCAUGAUCAUAGCCAUCUUGGUGUUCUUGUCAGGAACCAAGAGGUAUAGAUUCAAGAAAAGCAUGGGAAGCCCCAUUGUUCAUAUCUGCCAAGUUAUUGCAGCUGCAAUCAGGAAAAGGAAGUUGGAACUUCCAUACAAUGUUGCCUCUUUGUAUGAGGACACUCCAGAGCCUUCUAGAAUAGAACACACCGAUCAAUUCCGUUUUCUGGAGAAAGCAGCGAUUGUGGUUGAGGGUGAUUUUGAAGAGAACUUAUCAGGUGGGUCUGGACCAAACCCAUGGAAACUGUGCUCACUAACAAGGGUGGAGGAGGUGAAAAUGAUGAUGAGGCUUCUUCCAGUAUGGGCCACAACUAUCAUAUUCUGGACCACAUACGCACAGAUGAUCACGUUUUCAGUUGAGCAAGCCUCCACCAUGGAAAGGAAUGUUGGCAGCUUCCAAAUCCCCGCUGGCUCUCUCACUGUCUUUUUCGUUGCUGCAAUCCUAAUCACUUUGGCUCUCUAUGACCGAAUCAUCAUGCCCCUCUGGAAGAAGUGGAAAGGCAAACCAGGUUUCACGAGCCUACAAAGGAUUGCAAUUGGGCUUGUACUUUCAACAUUGGGAAUGGUGGCAGCUUCUGUAUGCGAGAAGAAACGGUUAACAGUUGCAAAGAGUGUUACCGGUAACCCUGCAACACUGCCUAUAAGCGUGUUCAUUCUGAUCCCACAGUUCUUCUUGGUUGGUUCGGGUGAAGCAUUCAUAUACACAGGCCAACUCGAUUUCUUCAUAACACAGUCACCCAAAGGGAUGAAAACAAUGAGCACAGGGCUCUUCCUCACAACCCUCUCCCUUGGCUUCUUCGUCAGCAGCUUCCUCGUCGCCGUGGUCAAGAAAGUCACCGGAACCCACGACGGCCAGGGGUGGCUAGCUGACAACAUUAACAAGGGAAGGCUUGACUUGUUCUAUGCACUUCUCACCAUACUUAGUGCCAUUAACUUUGUGGCGUUUUUGGCGUGUUCUUUAUGGUAUAAGCCUAAGAAACCAAAAGCAACAACCAUGCAAAUGGGUGAGAUUAAUAACAACUCUGCUGAGAACAGGUGUUGAUGAAGAUAAUCAGAAGGAGGAGGGAGUUUUUGAGGAUUAGAAGACACCAUAAUUAAUUACUCUUGGUUCUGUAUGUGUGUGUUAUCUUUUUUUGUUUCUGAAUUGAUAUGUAGAUAGGUAUAGUUUUAUUCUUAUGAAGAGUGUAUGUGUAUACGAAGAAUUGGUUGAGAUAUUAAGCUAUUCUUCGUGCAUAUAUUGUAGAAAUUAAAUAAUGUUCUUCAGCUUUGGCUUCCAUUGUAAUAUAUUGUUCUCAUUUUCAA